GUUUUAAUUCUGUCUCUAAUCUCUGCAACAGCCGCGCUUCUUGGGUCCCGCGGCUCUCCUACCCACUCAGCCGCGGCCGGCGGCCGGGCGAGAAUCAGAGCCGCCCGCCCCCCAUCACCCACCAUGGAAACCCUCCAAGAAAAAGUGGCUCCGGACGCGUGUGCGUGAGGAUUCCUCACAAAAGAGGUGCCCAAAAUGAAGACCCUGAUGCGCCAUGGUCUGGCUGUGUGUUUAGCGCUCACCACCAUGUGCACCAGCUUGUUGCUCGUGUACAGCAGCCUCGGCGGCCAGAAGGAGCGGCCCCCGCAGCAGCAGCAGGCAGCGGCGACCGGCAGCGCGCAGCCGUCGGCGGAGAGCAGCCCCGCCCCGAGGCCCCGGGCCCCCGCGGGACCGCAGCCGCUGGACGGAUACCUCGGCGUGAGGGACCACAAGCCCCUGAAAAUGCACUGCAGGGACUGCGCCCUGGUGACCAGCUCUGGACACCUGCUGCACAGCCGGCAAGGCCCCCAAAUAGACCAGACGGAGUGCGUCAUCCGCAUGAACGACGCCCCCACGCGCGGCUACGGGCGUGACGUGGGCAACCGCACCAGCCUGCGGGUCAUCGCGCAUUCCAGCAUCCAGAGAAUCCUCCGCAACCGCCACGACCUGCUCAACGUGAGCCAGGGCACCGUGUUCAUCUUCUGGGGCCCCAGCAGCUACAUGCGGAGGGACGGCAAGGGCCAGGUCUACAACAACCUGCAGCUCCUGAGCCAGGUGCUGCCGCGGCUGAAGGCCUUCAUGACCACCCGCCACAAGAUGCUGCAGUUCGAUGAGCUCUUCAAGCAGGAGACUGGCAAAGACAGGAAGAUCUCUAACACUUGGCUCAGCACUGGCUGGUUCACAAUGACAAUUGCCCUGGAGCUCUGUGACAGGAUCAAUGUUUAUGGCAUGGUGCCCCCAGACUUCUGCAGGGAUCCCAGUCACCCUUCAGUACCUUAUCACUAUUAUGAACCGUUUGGACCUGAUGAAUGUACCAUGUACCUCUCCCACGAGCGAGGACGGAAGGGCAGUCAUCACCGCUUCAUCACAGAGAAACGCGUCUUUAAGAACUGGGCACGGACAUUCAACAUUCACUUUUUUCAACCAGACUGGAAACCAGAAUCACUUGCUCUAAAGCCUCCUGAGAAUAAACCUGUGUUCUGAGCAAUGAGGGUGCCAGACCAAAAUCCCAGGUACCUACCGUAUUAGACGCCAGGGCACUGAACUUCUGGAGCCACCAGACGCAAAAGAGGGACCGAAUCGGGAGCAGGGAACUCCUCAAUCAGCAACAUGUACAGGUGCCUCGGAGGCAUGACGACCAAGCAGUGCAGUUGGUUUGUAAGGAGAAAUUUCCAGAACUAAUACGUCCUCAUGAGUGUCACCCCUUGCAACAGGGGUUACCGUAGGAGCUAAACACCCAUGUCAAUGAUGCUGCCGUGGCUAAAGAACAUUCUGGAUCUUUUUAAGUAUUGCCUUCAAAACCGAAACACGAGCAACUCAACAAUGUUAGUUGUGUUCCUUUGUAGAAAUGCCACAUCGAAAGACGUUUUUCUACCAAGUUGUAUCCUAACCUGAUCUAUAACCGUGUCAUCUGUUGGGCGCUGUAUGUGUGAUUUGUAAAAAGCAGUCUGAAAGUAUGGACAUGAUUUCUGAAGAGCACAUCUCCACUGACUUUCAUAAAGCAAAUACCCAGUAUUUAUUUAUUAAGAGUUUUUAGUGUACUCUAGGCCAGUAUUUUUAUAGAUUAUGAUUACGUGGUAAUUUAUCCUUCUUAACUCUAACCCUGAAUGGUAGUUGGAAGACACCUAGAGUGGGGCCGGUGAGUCACUGGGUCCACGAUGCUCAUUGUUAGCGUGCGGUUGUCUUGGAAAUGUCACAUUGCGUUUCUUGAACCCUUAGGCUUCAAGAAGAGCAAUGAUAUUUUCUAACGUAAAGAAAUGCUCCAUGUGACAAAACUGGAAACCAAAAACUGUGUUAUUACAACAGAAAGACACUAACAAAAGAAACUUGAAAAUAGUUGUCUUUAGUAAUAGUUGGUGUACGUUACUUGGCAUAAACCCUAGUUUCCUCGUCUGAGAAUGAUGUCCUUGUACCAGAUGACAGUAUAAGUUUCCUUCUGAAUCUAAAAUUCUGUAAGCCUCUCAUUGACCCAUUUGAGGACUUUGCACUUGGAAUGCUGGGGUUUCUGCAGUAACAAAAGCCUGAUUUUAGGGGGUCUUUUUAUUCCCCUAUUAUCUAUCUCCUUCUGUGGUUAAAAACAUAAUUUCCUCACCAGUCUCCAUUGGCUACAGUCUACCCCCUGCUUUUCUGGUGUUUCUUGCUCCCAAAGAGGGGCGGGGGGAGGCCAAAAAAAAGGUAAGAAAGAGAGGGAGAACCUCUGUGGUGUUCCCUGGCUACAGGAGCAAGGAACAGCCCUUCUGUCAGUCUGUGAGAAGAGAACACAAGGAAAUUCCCUAUCGUACAAGUCAUUUAUCCUGUGAACUUUCAGACUCACUCAUUGCCAAGUCUUACAUUAUAGUCACAGCCAUUCUCUGGUCUGGAGGAGUAUGAAGGACUUAUUUUAUUCAGAGCCAAGAUAGCAGUAUGAAGGACCUUCAAUUAAGCAAGUGAUAUUCUUCAAAUAUAGUCUUUUUAAAAAUAUACCAGUGUUUUUAAAUUCUCCAAAUGACUUAGAAGCAUGUGUUUUUCCAAUGCCAAAUUCAAAGGCACCAGCAAGUAUUACGUAUGGAGACCGACAUUGUUUUAGAGAACAUGACCUGACCUGUGAUUAAAGAAGGUUUUUCACAUUGCCACUUCCUUUCCCUUUCCUCAGUUAGUACUAAGAUUCCAUUCCCUUGCACUAAUUCGUACUACUAAUUAUGUAGGGAGCUGUGGUUGGGGUGCAAAUGCAGUCUGGAUGUUUAUAUGACAGAAACAAAGUUGAGAUUAUUGUGGUGUGGCUUGAUCUGUGAAAAGCCAGUACAAUUGAAAUGUAUGUGUUCUUUAAACUUCCUCAUAGUUUUUAAAGAGACUGUAGAAUUUUAUUCCAACACAGUCUCUUCUGCAGCACGGACUCUGGACACACAAUGCUUUGUGAGCAUAUGCAAGAGAACAUGAAUUCCACGUGAUUGAUUUAUAGGGCACUUUACCAUCACUUGAGGACAUUAUGUUUUUCAGAUGUAAGUAGCUCCUUUAACAAGUUUUAUUUUUAUGGAAAAGCAUACUUUGGACCUGCAAAAAUGUAACUGUAUUAUCUAAUCUAAUAACAUCUCAAAUGCCUGUGUUAUCUCUAGGUUUUAGGAUUUGGUUUUUGUUUUUUUGUUUUGUUUUGUUUUUUUAAAAAGAUCAUAUGAUAACUCCAUCUUUUUUGUAAUGUCUUCCUCCCUCCCAAAUACUCAAAAGAGUGUAAAGCAACCAAAUCUGAAAUCCCUGGCUUCACUGGGAAAUAGUUUAAAUCUAAAUGUAGCUAAGAUAUGGAGUAUGGGAAUUUAUAUUUUUUAAAAAUAUGGUAUAAAUAGGUAUAAGACUGAUCACUUGGGCCGUGGUAUUUAUUAUACCAUUUCAAGAAAAUGCCUGGAAUUCUGAUAGAUUGUGCCGACGGAGCUGGUUAUGGGCAACUGAAUUCUUACCUUGCUACUAUCAUCUCCUGACUCUCGGUCUCAACACCAUUCAACACCAUUAAACAUCAACUCUGAUAUAAAAGAUGACGGCAGAGCAUGUUUACAGACCUCAGUGAUUUCAAUACCCAAUUGUGUUGGGGCCUUAGUCAUACUUGUUACGUUAUACACCUUUUUCUUCUUUCCCAGCUGUGUCAUCAGCUACCUCCUCGCUUUUAAGACCCCAGUAAUACAAAGCCACAGCUGGCCGAUCCAUGGCGUCUGUUAUUUCAACGCAAGAACAUUUGGCAGAGGCCAUUACAAUAGAUAGCCAUUAUGGGCAAAGAUACAGGAAUUCACAAACAAAAUCAAUCAUUUCAAAUGGCCCAUAAAAAGAGGAAUCUUACAUUUAAUAUUCUACAGUAAAUAUUCACCCAAGAAAGCGUACAUUAAAAGAACAUUAGGAGGUAAAUAUUCACUGUGCUGCGUGGGGACUUUGCUGUGUGAUUUCCAUUAUGGUUAAUGGGUGUUUGGUAGCUAAGUCCCUGUGCUUCACUAACCCUGGGAUAUGCUCCUAAGGGCUAGACAUAAAACCAGAGUGAUUCAGGAACUUCCAAGGUCCUAAGAUUUCAGAGUGAGAGCUUUUCUUCAAAAAAAUAAAUUAAAGCAAAACAUAAAAUGCUGUACCUGAAAGAGAAAUUUGUGUGUGUUCUCUCAGAAUCCUGACAUUACUGCCAGGUAUGUGCGUCAGAUUCCAAACAGCACCUCUCAGGACAGAUUACCUUUGUUUCCUGAAAUAGUCUCCAUUACCGAUCUGUUUUAAUUACAUUAUAAUUGAAGGAUAUAAUCUUAUUUUAAAAUAAAAACUCACCUCAAAAGUUAGAAUUAUUUAAAUGAAUGCUAAGUAAAAGUAAAAGGAAUAAACUGGAAUUUUGUCCAGAUUCAUACUGUCUUUUGUGAGCAUAUCCAUACCAAUUUAAUACCCACCCAAAUAUUUGCCCUUACGAAGGAGUGACCUCAUUUCAGAAAUAUACCCUGAAUUCCACUGGGGUGAUGAUUCAGACUGUUAAUUCGGAUUUACUCUGAGAUUCCUCUUCUCUCUGCAGUGUUAGGAGGUGAAGGUAACACUCCUACAUGUUUCAUACCUGACCCAACCCUUCCUUCCAUCCUCACUGCUUCUCUCUGGAACCUCAAUCCCAUCCUUCUGCCAUCAUUCUCUUGAUUGUCUUCUAUCGUCUACACUGGGCUCUUAAAUCAGCAGUCUUUGGAGGCUGUAAAGGUCUUCCGUGUAGGUUUUUUAACUAGAGACCUACCUGGGGAACAGGUUUGGGGUGGGCUGUGCCAGGCAAUGAGCAUAGUAGGAGGGAGGACUACAUCUGGCUCCAGGACUAGGUACUUCAGAAGCACCAUCCUGCUGCUCCCCAGACUGGGGGAGGGGUGGAGGGAGCCUCAAGACAGAUUUUCUGUGCUAAAACUAGGAUGAGUCCCAGACAAACUGGGCCAGUGGGUCAGGUCACCCUACAGAAGGGCCACCUCAAAGAGAACUAUAAUACUAAGACGUUGCGGGGAGAAGUGAAUCCACUGCCUAUGUUCUAGCUCAUGCCAGAAGAUACUCUGGAGUGGAGAGAGGUGAGAGAGUGUCUGUCGGCUUAAAAAUGAAGAGGAGUAAGCCCUCCAUUCCAGCUCACUCAUCCCCUCCUACUCAGGAUACUGAGCCACCAUAGAAAAGCAAAAAAAGGCUGCGAUCCUGUUUGUUUUUACUCAGUGCCCUAAUAUUGUAUGCUACCUUGGAUUGUUCAUGUCUCUUUACGUAUGUGUCCUGUUAGCCUAACUAGAUUGUAAGCUCUGUGAGAGCAGGGACAGUUUCUCCUUUGUCUUUGUAGCCCCAUGCCUAGUACAGUGCCUUGCACACAAUAGGCGCUCAAUAAAUGUCUGUUGUUGAUGAUGACCUCUAAUGGUGGCCCAUUGGAUUGGUAACCAUAUAUGUUCUUCCAUUUGAAAGUGCAGGAGACAGAAUAGGGGAUGAAGUAGUUAAAUUUUAAGUGGGUUUUUACAGGGUCAGUCCUCAAACCUGUAACGUUUUUAAUCAACAGAACUGACCUAGAUUUGGAUAGGAUAAUGUAGCUGUAUUCAUUAGGCUUGUUAAUGUUGGCCAUACUGAACACAGAGACAAAGUGAAGUUCAGCAAGCUUUGUGUUCUCGCUGUUAGCAAGCUGCUCUUAGCACAAAUUAAAUUUAAUAUUGACAAAUGCUAUAACAUACGUAGAAGCAGCCCAGGCUCUGACUCCUCUGACAAAAGGGAGGCUAAAAUGAGAUGAGUUCUCGCCUGCCUUCAACUUGACAGCUUCCCGAAGCUGCCGGGAAUUCCAACUGAUGAUUUCUGAGGGUCUAAACAAUUACGUAUACAUUUAUCUUAAAAUCAAAAUGAAACAAACAAAAAACCCCCAAAACACUUUUGUUUCCAUGAAGCAGAUCCCAAAUGCUUUCAGCCCUACCGGAACGUGAGGGGAAAGGAGAACUCUUGGGAGAAGUUGCCCUCAGGUGGAGCAUUCCCAUCACCGUCUUGAGUCGCCGCCUGGCCAGUAUCUGGUGUCCAAUU